CGGCCAGCAACCGGCAUUCAAGUGGUGGCGCUCAGGGAAAGUGGCUCUUCAGACUCAGCAAACUUUUGCAACAAUUAAAACCAGUGCAAAAUGGCAAAGUUCGUAGCAAUCUUCGUGUGUUUAGUAAUUCUUGAGACAGGUUGGGCACUGAAAUGUAAGAUGUGCAAGGAUGCUACAUGCAGUAUGUUAGAAGACCAGACCUGUCAAGCAAGCACUUCCACUUCUGAAGCUGCAUGUCUAACCCAUAUCUACAAAGCAAAUGAAAAUGCAAAAGAAAACACCAUCGAAAAAAGCUGUGUCAACCGAGCCAAGGAUGGCAAAUACGAUUGUAUUAAACACAAAAAGGAAGAGGUCGAAAUAACGUGUGAUACUUGUGUCGAAGAUUUUUGUAACGAGAAAAGCGGAGCAGAUAAAAUUAGCCUGGCGUCACUAGCGGUUGUUAGCGUCAUUGCUUUGAUUGCACCCAAAUUUUUGUAAAUAAUUGUUGAGGUAUUUAUAUAUUUAAUUAGUUAAGUAUUUACAAUUUUAUCCCUGUGUAAAGUAUUUUGUUAUCACAAAGUUAAGCUCUGUGUAAAUAAAUUCUCUGUAAAA